AUGAGGGAUUUCCGGAAGUAUGACCCUCGCUCCUUUGAUGGAUUGUUGGGGGACCCCACCAAAGCAGAGAUGUGGUUGUCAUCUAUUGAGACAAUAUUUCAUUUUAUGAGGUGCCCGGAAGAGCAUAAGCUUCAAUGCGCAAUUUUCAUGUUGACUAGUAAUGCGAAAAUCUGGUGGCUUUCAGUAGAGAAGAUGAUUGAUACUGGUGGGGAGCUUGCAAUCUGGGAGCAGUUCAAGGAGCGCUUUUAUGAGAAGUAUUUUUUGGCCAACACUCGGUACAACAAGCAGGCGGAAUUCUUGAACUUGAAGCAGGGGGUUAUAUCAGUGGAGAAGUAUGAACAGGAAUUUGAUAAGCUGUCUCGCUUUACUCCUGAACUAGUAGCCACCAAGGCAGCGAGGACAGAGAGAUUCAUCCAGGACCUGAGGAGUGGACUGCGAGGUAUAGUGCAUGCCUUGGACCUAAAGACGUAUGUUGCGGCACUACGGGCUGCCAUAAGGAUUGAUGUUGACUCCCAAGUGGGAGAGGAUUACAGGAGGUCGCUUGGGAUUGGGACCUCCGCAGGUCAAAAAAUGAAGGCUGAGCCCAGGGCUCUUGAGCAUCAGCAGAGGAACCAGAACACAAUGAAUAUUGCACGUCAGUGGGGAUAG